GCAAAGACCCCAAUUUUCUUCUGAUCUACAAUUUCUUGGACGUCUAUAAGUUAACCAUUCAAACAAAAGUACCCUCACUCCAUCUCAUCAAAGAACAACAAUAACACUCGUCCCAGUUGGAGUAUAAUAAACACCGUGAUCGAAAUGAAGAAGGCGGCGGCGGCGGAGCUGGUGUUUAUCCCUGCCCCUGGGAUGGGUCACCUGGUGUCCACGGUGGAGAUGGCCAAGCAACUCAUCUGCCGAGACCACCGUCUGUCAAUCACGGUCCUCAUAAUGAAAACCCCAUUUGAUAAAUUAAAAGUCAUCUCAACCACCCAAUCGCUGUUACAAAAGGCGGCGGAGGAUAGGUUAAAGUUCGUCCACCUCGCCCAAGACGACGGGGCGGCGGUCGCGGAGCUCCGGUCCAAGAGCCCCGGCUACUUCAUGUGGGAGUUUGUCAACAUGAAUAAGCAGCACGUGAGAGAUCACGUAACAAAGAUGAUGAACUCGACCGGGUCGAGUCCACUCGCCGGGUUCGUCGUCGACAUGUUCUGCACCCCGAUGAUGGACGUGGCGGCCGAGUUCGGGCUCCCCACCUACGCUUUCUUCACCUCCAGCUAUGCCUUUCUCGGCUUCUUGCUCCACCUCGAUACCCUAACCCAGGACAGCAACUGGGACGUUACUGAGUUGAAGGACUCGGACGCCGAGUUGGAAGUACCGGUUUUUGUGAACCCAGUGCCGGCAAAGGCGUUGCCUUCUAUAGUGCUGCACAAGGAAGGGGGGUCCACAUUUAUGUUGGGUGUUGCCAAGAGGUUGAGAGAAACAAAGGGCAUUAUGGUCAAUACAUUUGAAGAGCUGGAAUCCUAUGCGGUCAAGCGCCUCGCCAACGAUGAUAUGGUCCCGCCGAUCUACCCGGUGGGACCCGUACUCCACCUCGUGAAGGACGAAAAAGAGGAGGAGGAGGAGGUGAUCCAGAUCAUGAAGUGGUUGGAUGAUCAGCCUCCGUCGUCGGUGGUGUUCUUGUGCUUCGGGAGCAUGGGAAGCUUCGACGGCGAACAGGUGAGGGAGAUAGCAGAGGCCCUAGAGCAAAGCAAGCAUCGAUUCUUGUGGUCUAUCCGGCAGCCUCCGCCAAAGGGCAAAGUAGAGAUGCCGAGUGAGUACCAAGACUUGAACCAAGUGCUACCAGAAGGAUUCCUGGAACGUACAGCAGGGAUUGGGAAAGUUAUCGGUUGGGCGCCACAGGUGGCAGUGUUGUCCCACAAGGCUGUAGGAGGGUUUGUGUCACACUGCGGAUGGAACUCUACGUUGGAGAGCUUGUGGUGCGGUGUGCCGGUGGCCACAUGGCCGAUGUAUGCCGAACAACAAAUGAAUGCGUUUCAGCUGGUAAGGGAAUUGGGAUUGGCCGUUGACAUAAAGUUGGACUACAAGAGAGAUAUGAAGUAUGAUAGUAUUGAGCCUAAGUUAGUGACAGCAGAUGAGAUAGAGAAUGGGAUACGAAGAUUGAUGGAGAAUGGGGAUAAAAGUAGUACUGAAGGAAUCAAGCAAAAGGUGAAGGAAAUGACCGAAAAGAGCAAGAUUGCCAUAAAGGAAGGAGGGUCGUCGUAUAAUUCUAUUCAACACUUUAUUGAGGAUGUCAUUAUUAACGUACACUCCCCAUAGUUAAUGCCAUGCCCCGUAUUUUCCUUCAGUGAAAAUGUUAUUGGGUGUAACAUUUGGUUUAUUAUUUUGGUAUUAAUUUUAAUGUAGGUAUUUAAUACUUUUAUAUGCAAGUUUUAAAAAAAAAAAGAA